AGCAAUCUCCCAACUCAUCUCUGUCUCUGGUUGGAAGUCUUUCGAUUAUUGUAUAGUUUAUGAUUUGUCGUUUCUUGAUCGAAGGAAAAUAAUAUUAGUGCACUUACUUCGUUUUAAUAAAUAUGUGCAGUUUACACGAUUACGAUAACGACGGUGUCCAAUUCAUAACCAAAGAAGAUGAUAAAGUUUUGGAUGAAAUGGCAUGUAAAAAAUGUUCGAAUAAGGCUGAAAUCUUACUAAGAAGAAAAGAUAGCUAUUGUCGAGAUUGUUUUUUGAUGGGGGCUACACAUAAAUUUCGAGCAACACUAGGGAAAUCUAAAAUAGUUCGUCCAAAGGAUACAGUACUCGUUGCUUAUUCGGGUUCAGAAGGGUCUACUGCUCUGUUGCAUCUGAUUAAAGCAGGCAUGCACGAAUUGAUUCACAAAAGACUUGUUUUUAAGACAAUAGUGGUCUACAUUGAUGAAGGUGCUGUGACAAGUCAAUCCAUUGAAGAACGACAGGCAAAUGUGGCUAAAAUAUCGAAAGAAAUUGAGAAUUUAGGAUUUAUAGGAUAUGCAAUCCCUCUCCAUAAAAGCUUAGAGGAAUUGGAUGAAACGGUACAAAGUAUUAAGUUAUAUAAAGCUUCUACCGAAGGAGAUGAUACUUUAUCAAAAAUACUUAAUUGCUUGACGAGUUGCACAGCUAAAGAGGAAAUGAUAUAUAGAUUACGUCAAAGAUUGCUUGUCUCAGUUGGAAGACAACUAAAAUGCAAUAAAAUAUUUGUAGCUGAUAAUGCUACCAAACUUGCAAUAAGGAUUUUAAGUAAUAUUUCGUUAGGACGAGGUGCACAACUUCCAUUGGACGUUGGAUUUGUAGAUAAUCGAUUUUUUGACAUUGGUAUACUUCGACCCAUGAGAGAUUUCACUAAGGAAGAAUUACUUGGCUAUUUGAUGUUUCAUAAAUUAACGGUAGCUCGCCAUUCUAAUUUAAGUACAGAAAAGAGCUCUUAUAACACCCUACAAACCUUGACAGAAAAAUUCGUUAAUGGUUUAGAAGCCGAGUUUUAUGGAACGGUUUCUGCUGUAUUUCGCACUGGUGAGAAACUUGGUAAUGCGACGAGCAAUGAUCUAACAAACAUUUGUGCAUUGUGCAAUGCCCCACUGGACACAGCAAUUACUGACAGCGAAUUAUGUUGUAUUCAAGCGACUGCUUUUUCGCAAAUGAUAUCAUUAGAAGGACCAAAUGACUCCAAUAAUAAAUGCGAUAACACAGAAAAUAAAGAUACAGCAAAUGACGGCAAUCCAGACAAUUGUACAAAAUGUCACAAACACAAAUGCACUACUAUCGAAUUACCGUUAUUUAAUUCUGAGAAUCUAAAAAAAUAUCUCUGUUAUGGCUGUACAUUGAUACUUCAAGAUAUCAAUGAUCCAAAAGCUAUAUCUCCAUUUUUAUUGCGUGUAACAAAGAAAAAAUUACAUUUAGAGAAAAUGCGAGAAGAGAUAUCGGAUUUCUUAUUAUAAGUUGUACAAUUUCUUGUAGACCGAUAUGGAAUUAAAUGAAUUAUUUUUGGACA